AUGCAGCCACUGCCCACCAUGCAGGAGUCCACCGUGAAUUCGCUCCCCACCAUGCAGCUCCUGCCGCCUUGCGAGCAGAGCGACAACGAGCAAUUGGAGACCGACGACGAGUUCGACCACCCGCGCGGGCUCGGGCGGGCGGAAACCAGAGGAGGCUGCGCACCCGAGGACCCACCCGAGAACGCGCAGGACUCGGCCUGGGCGGGCCCCGGCGCCGCCCAGCUGGCUCCCCGCGAGCGCCCGCCUGCUCGGGCAGCCAGCGGCGCGCCCCCGCUCCACGGCGGCGCCGGAGCAGCGCCGACCAGUGCGCCCGGCAUGCCGCCGCGUUCCGCCGCCGGGGCGGCGCCUGCCGGGAGGUCCCGGCAGGCGGAGCCCGCCCGCGCCGGGGGCGGGGCAGCGCCCGGCGCGGGCCUCGCGGCGCAGGCGGGGCGGCCGAUCUGCGGCGGCCGCGCAGGAGCCUCCGGCGGCAAGCUCGCGGCCGCCAGCAGGGCGCUGGAGAUGCAGCGGGCCAGGAUCCUGGAGCUGGAGCAGCUGCAGGCAAAGCUGCAGCAGGAGGUGCAGGAGGCCAGGCAAAGAAUUCUCCAGCAGGAGGCCGACCUGACGGAGCUAGAGCUCCAACAGGAUGAGCCCGUGGCCAGGGCGCUGGUGCCGAUGGAGAAGGCAGCGCCCGUCGCCCCUGGCGCUCCAGCCAUUACCACGCUCGUGAUCCGCAACCUUCCAAUGGCUGUGACGCAGGGCGACCUUCUGGUCCUCAUGAACCAGUCUGGCUACGCGAACCGCUAUGACUUCGCCUACGCACCAACGGACUUUCACGCUCGGACUACGAAGGGUCACGCGUUUGUGAACUUUAUCACCCCGAGUGACGCCCUCGAGUUCAUCGCCGAGUGGAACGGGUCGCGGCUGGCCAUGGCUGGACCCGCCGCGCCCGUCCUCGAGGUCAUGGCGGCACAGUUGCAGGGCUACGAGGAGAACGCCAGGAGGUGGAGUGCGAGGCGGCUGCGUCGCACGAAGAACCCUGAGCUCCACCCUUUCUUCGCCCAGAGGUGAACAUUCGGCUGCACAAAUCGAGUGUGAAAAAGUGAUGAAGGUGGAGAGCAAUAAACGUUGAUGAUGAGGAGCUCACCUUGACCUUAAGCUCUCAUGUAUGGGUUGGGUGUCAAACUAUCCCGAGGUGAUCGGUGGCAUAUUGGCGUUCUGGCAUUAUUUGAGUUUUUUCACGAACUUGCAUUCCUUGUGUGCUGGUUCUGCUUUUUGAACACGGCCGUGUCGACUGGGAUCUUCCAUGUCGUGUCCUCACCAUUUCCAUGCUCCGUUUUUGUUGGUCGUGCUCACGAGGGCCUCGGUCUGGGCGUUGUCCAGUCAGAUCGGCCUAUGCACUCCAAUCUGAGCAUGGCUCGAGCAUGUUGAGACUAUGCCUUGUACAAGUUGUCAUUUAGACAGCAGUUCGACACUGCGUUGACUCGCGUUGCUGCGAACGCAGGACAGCCCCCUUGCUCUUCCUCGUCGUCCUCCUUCUCCGUUUUUUCCCGCGUUGCCUUUUUGCAGAUCGGAUCAUGUUUCAUUCUGGGUUGAGCCGUGCGGGCUCCGACGCCCGAAUGCGGCUCCGACCUGCUGGCGUGACGCGAGCAUCGCUAACAGCAUGCCCCAAAAGAA